GGACAGAUUCACUGAGUCCAUCCAGGGCUUAUGGUGAUUUAACUAGAAACCACUCAGAUGAAUGCUCUGGGCAGGACCUCGGCUUUGGGGAUACUGAUCUCCAUCACCAUUUUGGUGUCUGUUAACACUACAGUGUCUGUACAGAUGGGUACAAAGGUUCUGCUGUGCUGCAAGCCUACUCCAUUGACAAAAGCAAUAUUAAUAAUAUGGGUAAUAAAACCCAGAGGCCCGCCUCCCUGCACAAUAUUUUACAGAGUAGAAACAAAGAUCAGUGAAAUGAAGUGUAGAGACAUGAGAAUCACCUGGGCCUCCACAUUUGACCAGAGUCCUGACCUUCAGAUCAAUACAGUGGCCCUCAGUCAUGAUGGGCAUUAUUCAUGUGAUAUAGCAUCAUCUGAAGGACAUUUUCAUAAGAGACUUAACCUCCAAGUUCUAGUCCCCCCUGAAGUAACCCUGUUUCCAGGGGAAAACAGAACUGCAGUUUGUGAGGCCAUUGCAGGCAAACCUGCUGCUCAGAUCUUUUGGGCUCCAGCUGGGUAUCAUGUCACUAAGAAUGAAUUACACAGCAAUGGCUCUGUGACUGUCAGGAGCACAUACUACUGGGAGAACAAUAAUGUUCCUGUUGUGUUCUGUUUUGUCUCCCAUCCAACUGGCAGCAAGAUUCUGUCCAUAGAAAAGAAUCAAAGUGUCACCAGCCCUCUGCAUUCCUUGCUGACCAUUCUCUAUGUGAAACUUUCCCUUUUGGGGAUUAUUCUGCUCAUCAUAGGAUUUGUUUUCUUCCAGAAGAGAAAUUAUUUCAGAAAAUGAAAAUCUGGAUUUCCAAAGCCCAUUAGCCUGAUGACACAAUACAAGAAAACAGCCAUUUGAAAUCACCUCUCUCAUUGGCAUCCAGCAUACCUGUUCCUGAUGUUUUCAUGUUUGUUAGAAGUCAUGUGACACCUGGCAGUCAUACAGUAUGAAUGUACAGGCAAAAGUUUGAUGCUUACCACAUACAUGUAUAAAUGGCUAUCUACUCUCUUCCCUUCCCCACUUCUCAGGUCAAAGAAGAAGAAGAUGGCUUAGCAAAAGGUGAACAACAGUGUUGGCUGAAUUUCCUUCACCCAUGUCCUCCAGGAAAGGUUUCCAUCAACUUUGUGUUCAUAGCUUCAUUUUAUGUGAUCACAAAUUGAUGGGGAAGUCCUGUGUAUAUGUCAAUAAAGCACUGUUGGCCAAUAGGGAACCAAGAUAGGUGGGACUAGGAAUCCAGGAGGACUCUGGGUAGGAGAAACACAGGAGUCAAGAUGUAACACC